UGAGCAGGGGACGUCGCGCAGCGCCCCGGGCAGCAGCAGCGUUCGCGGGCGAGGAGGCAGUCGGAGGUGGCGGAGGAGCCGAGCUCGGCCCGGGCGCGCCCCGCUCCCCCUGAAUGACGGGCGGCAGGUUCGACUUCGACGAUGGCGGCACCUACUGCGGCGGCUGGGAGGAGGGCAAAGCCCACGGGCACGGCAUCUGCACGGGGCCCAAAGGGCAGGGCGAGUACGCGGGCUCGUGGGCGCACGGCUUCGAGGUGGUGGGCACCUACACCUGGCCCAGCGGCAACACCUACCACGGCUACUGGGCGCAGGGCAAGCGCCACGGGCUGGGCGUGGAGACGAAGGGCAAGUGGAUGUACCGCGGCGAGUGGGCGCACGGCUUCAAGGGCCGCUACGGCGUGCGCCAGAGCCUCACCACGCCGGCGCGCUACGAGGGCACCUGGAGCAACGGACUGCAGGAUGGCUACGGCGUCGAGACCUACGGGGACGGAGGUACAUACCAGGGACAAUGGACAGGAGGGAUGAGACAUGGCUAUGGUAUGCGGCAAAGUGUUCCUUAUGGCAUGGCAACAGUGAUUCGUUCACCCCUCCGGACAUCUCUGUCUUCUCUCCGUAGUGAGCAGAGCAAUGGCACUGUUCUGCAUGACAUUACUUCAGACAGUCCAGCUGGAACAAGAGGAGGAUUUGUGCUGAAUUUUCACAGUGAGCUUGAAGGUAUUGGGAGUAAGAAGAAAGGAGGCUUGUUCAGAAGAGGAUCUCUGCUUGGUAGUAUAAAGCUUAGAAAAUCUGAAUCAAAAUCAUCAAUUUCUAGCAAACGUAGUUCUGUCAGGAGUGAUGCUGCUAUGAGCAGGAUUAGUUCUAGUGAUGCCAAUUCUACCAUUAGUUUUGGUGAUGGGGACUGUGAUUAUUGCCCAGUGGAAGACCAUGUUGAUGCCACCACUACAGAAACAUACAUGGGAGAAUGGAAGAAUGACAAGCGUAGUGGUUUUGGUAUUAGUGAGCGCUCAAAUGGCAUGAAAUAUGAAGGGGAGUGGCUGAACAAUAAGAGACAUGGAUAUGGAUGUACCAUGUUUCCAGACGGCACCAAGGAAGAGGGAAAGUAUAAAAACAAUGUUUUGGUCCGUGGAAUAAGGAAGCAGCUUAUACCAAUAAGGAACACAAAAACUAAAGAAAAGGUGGAGCGAGCACUUGAGGGAGCCCAGCGCGCAGCUGCUAUGGCAAGAACUAAAGUGGAAAUUGCAAGUUCAAGAACUGCACAUGCAAGAGCAAAAGCCGAUGCUGCAGAUCAAGCUGCCCAGUCUGCUCGUCAAGAAUGCGAUGUUGCUAGAGCAGUUGCCAGAGAACUUUCCCCAGGUUUCUACCAACCAGGUCCUGAUUAUAUCAAACAACGAUUUCAGGAAAGUGCCGAAGUUAAGGAAAGCCCUGAUGAAAAAACUCAGGAAAAAGCACCGACACCAAAAGAAUCACCUCACUUUUAUCGGAAAGGCACUACACCUCCUGGGACUCCAGAACAGAGCCCUCGACAAAGUCCCCUCCUCCCUGCAGAGCCUUCCCCUGCAAAACAAGGCAAAAAGCAAAACUCCACCUCGGAAGUCAAACUCAUUCAAGAAAAAAAGAAUGUUAUCAGUGAAAAAGUAACACCAGUAGUCAACAAACCUCUUUAUUCAAAAAUGCCUGUGAAGGAAGAAAUGAUGGUAAAACACCAGCCAAAGUUGUCACCCCACAACAAUCCCAGCAGCACAGAGAAUGGAGAAUUGCAUGAUCAUUAUCAUGGUUAUUAUGUAAAAACAAAUCCAACAGUGUAUCCAUUUGAUCUUGGGGAAGAUGAGGACCAUGCCAAUCCAUCGUCUGCAGCACUUGCACUAGUUAAAGCUCAGAAGCCAAGCCCUGACCGAUCUGGGAUUCAAUUAGAUGCCAAAGAAUUAUUAAAGAAACCUGAAUCUGUUUCACCAAAGAAUCCAGCUAAUAACAACUUCUAUUCUUCAGUGGAAAGAGAAGUCAAUUUGGUAGGUACUGUGGGUCAAAAGCGCAAAAAUAUUCCAAGAUCUUUCUGCCUGGGGUCCUAAUUCAAUCAUGAUUGCCCUUGUAAUGCUGUUGAAUAUUGGUUUAGCCAUUCUUUUUGUCCAUUUUCUAACUUGAUUGGAAUUGGAAAAGUGAAGUCAUGACAACUAGUGGCGUAAGCCCACAGUUCUCGGCAGUUGUGUCAUCAGCCUUUUAAAUGGCACGAGUCAUGUUCAGACGCAGGAAGGAGGCAUGGAAUUAGGAUGGGACACAAGAGAGAUGAAACUUGGAAUACUCAGCCAAGGGGCUUUGAGGUCCUCUGAAAGCUGAAGCAAGCAGCCAUGUUGGGGGAAAAAACACGCCCGCACACACAUAAACUUGCUGAAGCAGCCCAACAAGUAAAGUGUGUUGCUCAUUCCAUCUGUUCCAGCAGAGAGUGUGACUAAACUGGAAAUGUACGGAGCUGCACUUUUGCUGAUGGAAGCUAACAGCUGCCUUACUAUUUUGCCGUCUGAUGUUUUUGGUGGGGGAGAUGGGAAAGCGACUGCCAGAGGAAUGUGGUCAGAGGAUUCUGUUGCUGUGGAAGCGAUUCCAGUAUUCACUCCUAUCUCAUUAGAAGAAAUAGUUAGCAGCAUCACUCACCAGUCUUAUUCCAUUACUUGCUGCUUUUAAAAUCUCUUUGCCAUUUUCUGGGAGAUUGUGUUUCAUUUGCUUAUGCAUGAUUCUGUUCAUUUAUUUUAAACCUAUGUACAGCUAUAAUAUAAUAAUGUAGACCAGCCUGGAAAACUUCACUAGUUUUCACACUGCAUUAGAAAAACAAAAUCAAGACUUAGAGCAUAUGUGUAGUACAGUUCACUUCUUGGAAAGAUUAAUUUAUUCAUAACACUUUUUAAACCUAACCAGGUUAAGUCAUUUUCCUCUUCAGGGUUUGCAGGCAAAUAUGCAACAAUGUUUAAAGCCAUCAUUUGUAUCUUCCUUGUGAAAGUGGCAAACAAAACUAUUUUAAGUGCUGCAAGGUUCAUUAGGCUGUAUCAGCAUAUUGGAUGAGCGAGGUAUAAUGUUUGAGAGGUGUUGUGCCAUGCAGUGAUCUAUCUACAUCUUAUCUCAAUAUUGAAGUAAAUUUUGACAUUUACAAUAUUUCCUGAUUGCACAAUGGAAACCGUUGAAUAAACUUAUAAUAAAUAAUGUUUUUAAAGGUCAAGUGUCAUGUUGAAUACAUUCAGGUAGAGCAUUUAAGUCUGUUAACAAUGACUGAUUAUCAGUUUGAUGCCUUUAAUUUUAUUAUAAUGAAUCUGUAAUCUUACCUCAGCCUGUUAAAACUUCAGCCUCAAACUUUCAUUUGGACUGUUUUCCUUAACAAGAUUUACAGUCCUGUGUUUUGAUGAUGUGAUCCAUGCUUUUCCCCUCCCCACUGUAGUUACUGUAUUCCAUAAUACUGAAAAGCAUGCUUGUUUACUUAGAGCAAAAUUGUACAUGGAGUGAUCAUUUUGAAAGUCAGCAUUUUAAUUAGAAAUGAAGAGUAAAGGGCUUGGGUUUUGUUUAGUUUUUAUCUUUUAGAAAACAUUUUUCCAGGUUUUACUCCUCUUUGUAAAUUAUUAUUAUUAUUAUUAUUAUUAUUAUUAUUAUUUGCAUGGUUUAAUAGAGAAGUUUUCUCAUAACUACAUUAGCCACUAUAAGAAGCAGCCUGCCACAAGUAUGGAAUUGUAGCCUGGAGCACUUCAAUGCAGGACAGUAACAGAAUGACAUUUUUUGCAGAAGUGGGUUGAGAAUCCUGUGUUUUGAUCAGUGUGGAUUCAAGAAGAAAGCAGAAAGACAGAAAAUGAAAAUUUAACAACUUAUAUAUGCUUAUUUCUUAAGGAAGGUAAAACAUGUGCUAAUUCUAAAUUUAGAAACAUAAUUUGAGAAUCAGGGUUUUUAAUUGUCCUAUAUAAACACUUUUUCUUAUCUACUGUUUAGCCCAAUUGCUUAAACUAAUUUUGUAACUGACACUCAAAUAUUGUUUCAUGUGUAUUUAAAAAUCUUUAAAAAUAGCUUUUGAAAAUGUUUAUAAAUUUAAGCAUGUUGGUUCCAUUUAUAAAUAUGUAUGAUUUGUAAGCUUUUCUAAAAACAAAGCUUGAAUCAGAAAUUGUUGGUAUUUUUCUAAAAUGUGCACAGCUGUAUUUUACAUAAAAGGCUAUUUAUAGUUGGUUGUAUAUUGUACACUACAUUUUGGACAGCACAUGAGUCUGCCAAUGUACUUAAUGACACGUCACUUUGUCUAUUUAAAAUUUCUUGCUGUGAAUGAACUCUUUAUCUAACGAGAUUCUUUAUUUAUAAUUCUGGAACCCAAAAGAGAUAAUGUACAGUUUUCAUAACUGUAUUUGCUCUAAUAAAAAUGAAUUGGUUACUAA